AUGAGUCCGGUGGAUACGACGCCAUUCCCGAUAUGGCCGCGCGACUUUGUGAGCGACCUCAAGUCCGCUCCGGAAACAUUAUCGAGUUGGGAUAAUUGCAUGGCCAAAUCGUAUUGCAAAUGGCCCGUAAUCGUUGCGAUCAUUGUUGGUGCGCUCAUUGUUAUCUCCAUUCUGGCAUGUAUUAUAAAUUGCCUGUGUUGCGGCAUCCAAUGUUGUAAAUGCUGUGGAUGCUGUUCAUGCUGCUGUCCGUCUCCCCGCCGAAAGAAGGAACCAAAAUACUUGGAUGACCCAUACAAUCAACCUCCACCGAUGCCGACAAACAAUCCUUAUCAGCCACCCGCUCCCCCAUCGCUACCUACUUAUCGUGGGGCGCAGGUUGCCCGCUUUGACACUCCCCCAAGUCCUGCAGUCUCCAAGGGCAAUGAAGAUGCGUUGCCCGCGAUGCCCACGUGGGAUAGUGCUGUAACCAAGAGGGUCGAAGAGCCGGGUCAUCACCAAGAUGCAAUGGAGAUGGAGCCUUUGAACCUUGCCAACCAAAGACCGCGUCGAAUGCCAUCCGCACCCCGAGCAAACGGAGCCGGCUACAUGGGGCCACCGCCUAUCAGGACAGAUACAGCCUUUAGUUCCUCCGGCUUCCACCCUGAUGACCAGGGCGCGUAUCAUGCUCGUUCUCCCGGCGGGCCCUCUCCAGGCCCUAUCUCGCCAUACGAACAACCCUAUGGUGAUUAUUCUCAAAACUAUGGAUCCCAACCGAACUACCUGCCAAUUGGUACGGCCGUCUCACCGGUUACUGAUGCCUCCCCUUCACCGUAUCGUCACCCAUCUCCAGCCAUCAACCAAACCCCAGGGAUGGCACUGUCCACGGAUGGCGCUCGUCCGAUUCCUUAUCGGCAACCAUCUCCUGCCAUCCACCAAUCUCCUAUCAACAGGACGAUGUCUCCUGCGAACGCAGCCCCUCCCUAUAGAGCAUUGACACCUGCAAACGCGAACCCAGCCUACAGGGCAAUGUCUCCUCCGACUCAAGAACCAGUGUAUAGGGCAAUGUCUCCCCCCAGUCACGAGCCUGUCUACCGGACCAUGUCUCCGCCUAGCCAGGAGGCGGCUUACCGCGCGAUACCUCCUCCCGGCCAUGAGCCCGCGUACCAGGCAAUGCCCCCGCCUGGCCCGGAGCCCACCUACAGGGCAAUGCCGCACCCGCUCAACACCGAACCGGUUUAUAGGGAUACAUCUCCUUCCAUUCCUUCGUCGCCCCCUCCACCAUUCACAUCUAGUCCCGCUCCGCAUGAAACCAUACAAGACUCGGGCAGGCCCCCAACCUUGCUACAGAGUGGCCGGAAGGCCGUUCCCAAUUCUUUCAGGGAUGUAUAA